GCGCGGGGCGGCGGCGGCGCGCGGGCGCGAACGCGGCGCCCGCCCCGGCCGGGAUGUGAGGCCCGAGCGGCCGCGCGGGGGCGGGAAGGGCGGCAGGAAGGAAGCGCCGCUCGGACGCGCCGGGAGGAGGAGCGGCGGCCCGGCCGGAAGGCGGGGAGGGGCGGCCGUUGGCCCGCGGCGGCCCGCUCUCGGCGCCUCCCGGGGCGGCGGCGGCGGCGGCGGCGCCCGCGCCUCCUGCACCCGGCGCGGCGUAGCGGCGGGAGGAAGAUGGAGACCCACAUCUCGUGCCUGUUCCCGGAGCUUCUGGCCAUGAUCUUCGGCUACCUGGACGUCCGAGACAAGGGUCGCGCGGCGCAGGUGUGCACGGCCUGGCGGGACGCCGCCUACCACAAGUCGGUGUGGCGGGGCGUGGAGGCCAAGCUGCACCUGCGCCGGGCGAACCCGUCGCUGUUCCCCAGCCUGCAGGCCCGGGGCAUCCGCCGCGUGCAGAUCCUCAGCCUCCGCCGCAGCCUCAGCUACGUGAUCCAGGGCAUGGCGAACAUCGAGAGCCUCAACCUCAGCGGCUGCUACAACCUCACCGACAACGGCCUGGGCCACGCGUUCGUGCAGGAGAUCGGCUCGCUGCGCGCUCUCAACUUGAGCCUCUGCAAGCAGAUCACCGACAGCAGCCUGGGCCGCAUUGCCCAGUACCUUAAGGGCCUGGAGGUGCUGGAGCUGGGGGGCUGCAGCAACAUCACCAACACCGGCCUUCUGCUCAUCGCCUGGGGGCUGCAGCGCCUCAAGAGCCUUAACCUCCGCAGCUGCCGCCACCUCUCGGACGUGGGCAUCGGGCACCUGGCCGGCAUGACGCGGAGUGCUGCCGAGGGCUGCCUGGGCCUGGAGCAGCUCACUCUGCAGGACUGCCAGAAACUCACGGAUCUUUCUCUGAAGCACAUCUCGCGAGGGCUGACGGGCCUCAGGCUGCUCAACCUCAGCUUCUGUGGCGGCAUCUCGGACGCGGGCCUUCUGCACCUGUCGCACAUGGGCAGCCUGCGCAGCCUUAACCUGCGCUCCUGCGACAACAUCAGCGACACUGGCAUCAUGCAUCUGGCCAUGGGCAGCCUGCGCCUCUCCGGUCUGGAUGUGUCUUUUUGUGACAAGGUGGGAGACCAGAGUCUAGCUUACAUAGCCCAGGGACUGGACGGCCUCAAGUCCCUCUCCCUUUGCUCUUGCCAUAUCAGUGACGAUGGCAUCAACCGCAUGGUGCGGCAGAUGCACGGGCUACGCACGCUCAACAUUGGACAGUGUGUGCGCAUCACGGACAAGGGACUGGAGCUGAUCGCUGAGCACCUGAGCCAGCUCACGGGCAUAGACCUGUAUGGCUGCACCAGGAUCACCAAGCGCGGCCUGGAGCGCAUCACGCAGUUGCCCUGCCUCAAGGUACUUAACCUGGGACUCUGGCAGAUGACAGACAGUGAGAAGGUCAGGUGAGGGCGGCAGUUCCAGGUCCCCUGCCCCGCCCUGUUCAUCCCACGACCACCACUGUUCCCGCACACUCACGCGCGCGCACUUACACGUUCAUGGCAGUGGCCGCGAUGGGGCCGUGACGCGAAGCCUGGGCUCCUUUCUCCUAGUCCGGCGCCCCUCCCCACUGCGUCUGGGGUUCUUCUGCUCCCUCUACCCACUCUCCUCUCCUUUCCCAGUGGGUGGAGAGAUGGACGCUGCUGCUUCUCUGCCCACUCUUCUGCAGGGUAUGGAGACUGAUUCAGCCACCGCCAACUGUAUCCCGAGGCACUGCAUUUGGAAAUGGGGUGGGGGCGGGGAGGGACUAGGCGUUUCAACCCCGAGGAGUUGAGGAAAGAUGUCUGCCUUCACUUACACUUCAUUUGGAUACUGUGAUCUGGUUUUUAUUUCGAAAUGUGUGGAAAGCAAGCCCGACUCCAACAGCCUUUUCAUCCACUUUGUGAACCAGUCUCUUCUCGUCACCUGCUCCCUGGGUACUCUGCGACUCACUUCCUUCUCAUCUGCUUUCCUUUGAGUUUUCAGAGAAAUCGAAAUCAUUGUCCCCCCUUUUUUUUUCUGCUGAGUAUAUUCUAUAUAUUAUAUAUAUAUAUA